GUCUGUCUCGUCAAACACGUGUCGCGCACGCACGUGCGCACGCUUCUCGCUCAUAGAUUAGAUUGUCUGCGCCGCUUCGUCGUCCCGGACGCUCAACGUUGUGCUUCCGCUGUGUCCUGCUGCGCGCUGCCCGAGGAGGAGACGCUAGCUAAACGCAGCUAAACGCAGCUAGCGCAGCGAGUUAAAGCUCGGUCCGCGUCGUCGCGCCGUGGUCGCCUUUGUGUUGUCCGUGGACCGCUUGAUGUUGGUGGGUUGUUUUUCCCACAACACCGCCUUAGUAUUGAAAAGGGGAACACACGAGUUCGCGGAUCUUGUUUUUCCCCAACCACGCUUCUGUUUUUUAUCGUAUACACUAGUGCAGAAACAUGGCGGAUGGCGGACAUUACUACAACGAGCACGAUGAUAGAACCGCACCACAGUUUCGCAAUCGUAAAGGCAGGGGAUCCCACAAGGGUCGGUCGUAUGAUAGGUCCCGCAGAGACCGCCAACGGGGAAGCCACUCAGGAGGCUUUGGAGGGCCCGGACCUCGGUCUAGGCUUGAUGAUGCAGAUGGAGAUGUAACCAUGAGCGACAGCUCUCAGGACAACAGCGCACAGCACAGAUUCACUCCAUAUGGUAGACCCUUUCGCAAAGGAGAUGGACGAUUUGACAGAGACAGACGACAAGGCAAAGGGGGUGGAGGUAGAGGAGGCGGAGGAGGAGGUGGUGGCUUCAGAGCAGACAGACUUGGUGGAGGCGGCGGUGGAGUUGGAGGGAAGAACCGGUCAGGCUGGUACAAAGUAACGAUACCACAUGGGAGAAAAUACGACAAGAAAUGGCUACUGACAGCACUUCAGAACAUUUGUUCCGUUCCAUUCACACCUGUACAGUACCAUGUGGAUCACAACCGGGUCCAUUUCUUUAUUGAUGAUUCUCCUGCUGCCAGUGCUUUGCACAAAUGUUCUCACAAGAUCACAGACACAGAUGGUUACAAAGUGGAAGUGCACGUUAACGACAGUGCUCCACCUUCUUUCCUUCUGGCUGACCUAAAGCCUGAACAUGUGGAGCACCUUAAGCAAUGCAUGGCAAAACGUUUUGAUGGCUCUCAGCAAGCACUGGACCUAAACAACAUCCGAACAGACCCUGACCUGGUGUCCCACAAUAUAGAAAUUGUCUUGAAUUGGAAGACAAACAUGGAGGCUGUCAUAAAAAUCAUUGAAGAAAACAUUCCAGAGCUGACCUGCUUGAACCUGAGUAACAAUCGUAUUCACAAACUGGACGAACUUGCCGGGUUGGUCAACAAAGUGCCCAAUCUCAAGACCCUCAACCUCUCUCACAAUGAGUUAAAGUCAGACCGGGAGCUGGACAAGGUGAAAGGCCUGAAGCUGGUUGAGCUGUGGUUAAACAGGAACCCUCUGUGUAACCAUUUCAAGGAUCAGCCCUCAUACAUCAGUGCUGUGCGCCAGAGGUUUCCACGCCUUCUCAAACUGGAUGGUCAUGACCUUCCACCACCCAUUGGCUUUGAUGUGGAAACCCCCACCACAAUCCCCCCUUGCAAGGGUAGCUGUUUUGGGUCCGACGAAAUCAAGGCUCUCAUUCUUCGCUUCCUGCAACAGUUCUACAGCAUAUACGACUCUGGGAACAGACAGCCACUGCUGGAUGCUUACCACGAUGGAGCAUCAUUGUCCCUCACUACACCUUACUCCACCCAAAACCCCUCUAGGAGCAGCCUGGGAGAGUAUCACAAAGACAGUCGAAACCUAAAGAGAAUCAAAGACUCCACAAUGCGUUUUCGAUUGCUGAAGCACACGCGAUUGAAUGUGGUGGCUUUCCUCAACGAGUUGCCCAAAACUCAGCAUGAUAUUGCGUCCUUUACGGUCGAUGUAAAUACCUACACGAACACACUACUCUCCUUCACAGUGAGUGGAGUCUUUAAGGAAGUUGCUGUUGAUGGAAAAUCUAGAGACUCCACCAUGGCAUUCUCUCGAGUUUUCAUCACAGUCCCAGCUGGGAAUUCAGGUUUGUGUAUAGUAAAUGACCAGCUUUUCAUAAGAAUGGCUACAACAGAGGAAAUUCGUCGAGCUUUUGUGGCUCCUGCCCCGACUCCAUCUUCGAGCCCUGUCCCCACCCUCACCUCACAGCAGCAGGAGAUGCUCACAGCCUUUUCCCAGAAGUCGGGCAUGAACCUGGAAUGGUCCCAGAAGUGUCUGCAAGACAAUGAGUGGGAUUUCAACAGAGCCGCACAAAUCUUUACACAGUUAAAGAGUGAGGGCCAGAUUCCUGAUGUUGCGUUCCUAAAAUGAAGAAUUAUUCAAUACAUCUGAAACUUCUGUGAAAUAAAAUCUGCAGUUAUUUUAUUUGCAUUUUGUUUUAUUGUUCUGUUUAUCACACUAUUUGCCAUUUGUUCUAAUAAAAAUAAUAUAGCUCCA